GUGAUUCUUAUCCUGGACUACUGUAACCUGUAUGGUGGAUCCCUCGGAGCACGGAGUCUUCACACACACAUGACUCUCCAGUAGGAUUCUCCAGCAGAUCUACAGACAUGGAAGUCCAGCUGGAGGAGUUAAGGCAGAAGCUGCAGCAGCAGUGUGAGCUGACCCAGAGGCUUCAGACCGAGAACCAGAACCUGGAACGGCAAAUUCAAAAGAAAGAGAACGAACUCCAGGAGCUCCAGAAUCGCUUUGAUGACCUGGUCCCAGAAUGCAGUUCUCAGAGGAACAGUUCUGAGAGCGUAACUGAGGUGCGUCAGAGCCGAGCCGCCGUCAUCGCACCCGAACCCCUCUCAGAACACCUGGACAUCCCCAAGGUCCUAAAGACCACCAGCGAGGCGGAGCAGAUCCGGCGGGCGGUCCAGAAGAAUGACUUCCUGAGUCGCCUUGACGACGAGCAGAUCUCCAUGAUGGUCGAGCUUCUGGAGGCCAUGGACCGAGGCCCUGGGGAUGACAUCAUCGUCGAGGGCUCCGAGGGGGACAUGAUGUACAUUGUAGCAG